CGGCGGAAUGUAUCACGGUUCUUAAGCCAGCGAGUUCUUCUUUCCAGCCGUCAGUCGUUCACUGAUGCCCGCUAGACAACUAGACAACUGGUACGAAAGCUUGACCGUUUACCAAACGAUGGGCGUCGGAACGGAUGUACAUGAACCAAGGGGGUGUAGUGCAGAGUUGUCGCGUUAAAUUGAAACGGGCUGCAAAGUGUCAGUCACAUGUCGUUGCAUCUUUCAACCGAAGUGAAGUCUGUGUUGGUGCGGCGGCGUGUGUACGUGGAUAGUGAUGCUAUGUUCCGCGUUAAGAUAAAAGUCAAAACGGCAAGAUGAAUGUUUUUGGUGGUCUGCUGCAGGUCCUUGACCAGCGAGAGUCGGCUCGUUAAAUGUAGGGCGUAAGAUCCUGUCUUUGUUGAAGAAACAACGGUUGUUGCAAAGUUCGCCGACGAAGACUCUGGUGCAAACGGGACAGUGUUGUUGUGUGUCUGUUUUAUCUUUUAUCUGUCGAUGUAAUUUGUUACUCAACUGCACUACGCAAAGCGCGACGUACGUGCCCGUGUACACUGAUACGUGUUUUCGAUCCCGUGCCAUCGCCGUGUUAUCUGUUCGGUGCGUAAAGGGAACGCUGUUUCGUUUCACGCUUGGAAGCAAAAGCUGCAAUUGUGUGUGAUUAAUCUCGCAGCAUUGCUGUCAAGUGCAGACAGGAAGGAAACGGUUCGAAAACAUUUUCCGAUCACUGCAGGAAAAGAAAGUUACCAACCCCAUGUACUGCUGAAGCAAACGCGUGGUGUUUGUCUACGUGAACGUCAGUGUUGUGCUUAAGGAUUCUUCCCAUCGUACACAUCGCGAAGGGUUGGCUUACUGUUGCGCCUUAUCGCAGCGGACCCAUGCGGUGGAAAAUAACGUGUUCCAUCAAUUGAACAGAUUGUUUAACAAUCACCGUGAACAAGCGCCUUGAAGUUCGUGAAACACCAGGCGCCUCCAUGCAUGGGGGAUCGAUAGAGUGUUGUUAUUGGAAGACCAUGCGCCUCCAUCCGGCAGAUGAAGCGUAGUGAUUGUUAUUGGAGUUGGCUGAAAAAGUAAAAAACCUCGUGCCACAAUUUGUGGUGGUGAUAAUGUAGUGGUGUAUGGUUUUCAAUUUUCAAAAUAUUCAAUUUCAUUCUUGAUGUCGUUCGAUGUGUAUUAAUAAUCGUGACAGUGCAUGUAGUUGUUGAACAGGCUGAAUGUUUCGUGGUUUCCAGCACAAGAACGCGUCAGGAAUAAAUGAGAAUACAUCAUUCAUUAGAUGCGUUUGCAUUUAAGCCAACAGUGGAAAUACAGUGUAGAGUGUGGAAAAUCGAAAUCGAAAUUUGUGAAUAGCCCAAGUCUCUGGCGCUGGGCAAAUGUUUAGCCAAUAAGCCGUCCGCCCCGAUAUGCGGAGAUAUCGAAAAGGAGCUCUUCCGUUGCAGUAAUUAAAAUUAGAGCGUAAGGAGCGUGCCCUGGAUGAGGAUUAUUGUGAGGAACGGAACGAAAGGACCUUGAAAAAAAAUCCCAUCCGUCCGGCAACUGCUGCUGCAGAGAAGUGGUGGGAUAGCUGUGACCAAAACACUCCCAUAGGACAUCAUUAGAAGCGGCAUAAACGGUGGCGUAACUAUUGCCAUCCGUUCACUCCCGAACGCAAAACCCGCACAGGAACGAAAGAGAGGACAGUACGGUGACGGUGAACUUGUGAGCAAGUGGUGGUGAAUAUGUUGCCAGAAAGAUGAGCAUAAAGGCAAAAGCAUAAGCAUCCGUGGUGAGUUUGUUCGGUUCGGGUAAGUUCGGGAACUGUUCGGUUCUGCAGACGCGUCCACACGCGAGUGCCGAUCGGCUUGCGUACACGGCGUGGCCAGCAUAUCGAUGAGAACGGCGAGCAUAACCGCGUGAGCAUGGCCAACAACACAUCUUGUUAGUACAAACUGAGCAAGCAACGCGUGCGGACGUUCGAGUGCGGCCGCUUCCAACACACGUGCCCAAACACGGCAUAAAGGAAUCAAUAGCGAAACAUUAGGCCCUGCAAGUAGUGAGUGUGUGCGGCGUGAAUUGAAACGAAUUGUACGCAGAUUGACGUGCACACAGUGAAGUUUAACGGCAUUAUCAAGUUCUACAGCAAGGCAAGUGAGUGCAAGCGUGCGAGGCCUCUUAAGGAUGUAAAUAGAGUUUUGAACAAGAAGUGCUUGUUGUGUGAAUGUGUGUUUUGUGCUCGACGUAUGCGAAAGGGCGCGUUGUUAUGAAUUUUAAGUUUUCCCCGACGAGUGCUCGUUGACGAUGGUUAGCGUUUCGGAGUGCGUUUAUGUUACCACGAUUUAAUAGAGCCGGGAGAAAUUGUUGUUGUUUCGUGCUAGCUUACCCAUCGCCUGAUACGAAUUCCCUGCGAAAGGCUGCAGUGAGCUAAGUGAGCUAAAUUCAGCGCCCGAAUGUUGUGCCCAGCAGUGAGUGUCCGGAAAAGUCCUUACGCGGAUCAGUAGUUACGAAGGGAAAGCGCCAACGGGGUGGAUAGGAAAAUUGCGUUUUUAUGUGUAGGAAAGUAAGUGGCAGUCUGUGCGAGCGUUGUAUUGCGUGACGACUGGCAGCAACGAACGCCACAGCAUGAGUCGUUGUGAGCUACUGUUGCCGGCCCUGCUGCUGCUGGUGUCGGUGCAGGUGAACUACAGUUUGCAGUACGAUUCGGCUGAAUCUUCCCGGUACUAUCAUCCGACGGGGGCCGGGAGCGAAUCCGGCAGCAAUCUGCGCUACGAUGCGCCCGACGACUGCAAGUACCGCAUCCUGCCCGGCAACGAGGUCGACCUGGCGUGCAAUCUGCGCACGGUGAACAGUGAAUUUGACAACACGAACUUCAGUGUGAUUCCGGCCGAACAUACGGCCGCCCUCUCCAUCCUCUGCAAUGAAGCGAUCAUGGCGCGGAGCAAGCUGCUGCCCAACUCGUUUGUGCACCUGGUGCGGCUAAAGGCGCUGUCGCUGGAGUUCUGCAAGAUCGCCAAGUUUUCCAGCACGGUACUGGCUGGCUUGGGCGAUUUGCGCAACUUUACCCUGCGUACGCACAACAUCGCAUGGCCCGAGCUGAAUCUCGAGAUCGAGCCGGACGCGUUCGGGUAUACGCGCAAUCUGGAGGUGCUCGAUCUGAGCACGAACAACAUUUGGUCGCUUCCGGAUCACUUGUUUUGCUCGCUUACCGGUCUGCGGUCGCUCAACAUCAGCUCAAACCGACUGCAGGACGUUAACGAUCUAGGGUUCCGUGAGAAAGGUGUAAAGGACGAGCUGGAAGCUUCGGAAGGCCACAAAUCGAACAGUUCCGGAUCGGUCGCACCACCGGUGAGCUGUGCGCUGGAUCUAGAAGAUCUGGAUGUAUCGAAAAACCAUUUCGUGCUGCUGCCGGCCGCCGGUUUCGGCAUGCUGAAGCGGCUAAAGAUGCUGAAAAUUCAUGACAAUGAGAUCUCGAUGGUAGGGGAUAAGGCGCUGAGCGGGCUGAAGGAGCUGCAGAUCCUUGAUUUGAGUUCGAACAAGCUGGUCGCGUUGCCCACCGAUCUGUUCCGUGAUCCUGCCCAGUCCAUUCAGGAGAUUUACCUGCAGAACAAUUCGAUCAGCGUACUUUCGCCGGGUUUGUUCUCCAAGCUGGAGCAGCUGCAAGCGCUGGAUCUGUCGCAGAAUCAGCUGACGUCGGCGUGGGUUAACCGGGAAACGUUUGGGGGUCUCAUUCGCCUGGUGCUACUCAACUUGGCCAGCAACAAGAUAACGAAGCUUGAGUCGGAAAUCUUUUCCGACCUGUAUACGUUGCAGAUUUUGAACUUGCGCCAUAAUCAGUUGGAAAUCAUAGCAGCGGAUACCUUUUCCCCGAUGAAUAAUCUUCACACACUGCUUCUGUCGCACAACAAGCUCAAGUAUUUGGAUGCAUAUUCGUUGAACGGGCUAUACGCGCUGUCCCUGCUGUCUCUAGACAACAACGCCCUGACCGGCGUACAUCCAGAAGCAUUCCGUAACUGCAGCUCACUGCAAGAUCUCAAUCUGAACGGGAACGAGCUCACACAGGUCCCGCUCGCCCUGAAAGACAUGCGCCUGCUGAGAACUGUCGACCUGGGCGAGAAUUCCAUCAGUAUUAUCGAAGAGCCGGGUUUCCGGGGCAUGAACAAUCUGUACGGGCUCAGGCUGAUAAGCAACAACAUCGAAAACAUUACCCGGAAAGCAUUCAAAGAUCUGCCCAGCCUGCAGAUCCUAAACGUGGCACGUAACAAAAUCUCGUACAUUGAGAAGGGUGCAUUCGAACCGGCGGUCAGUGUGCAAGCGAUCAGGCUCGACGGUAACCUGCUGACCGAUAUCGACGGUCUCUUCACCAGCAUGCCAAAUCUGGUGUGGCUCAACAUUUCCGACAACAAACUGGAGCACUUUGAUUACUCUCAAAUUCCUCCCCACCUGCAGUGGUUGGAUCUGCACCGGAACGAGCUUACCGAGCUGACUAAUCGAUACGGCUUGGACAACCAGUUGCACUUGCAGACGCUCGAUGCAAGCUUCAAUCGGCUGACACGCGUAACGCCGGCUACCAUUCCGAACAGCAUCGAGUUCCUGUUCCUGAACGACAAUCUGAUCGUUCACGUGGAGCCGCACUGUUUCACGCACAAGACGAACCUUACCCGAGUCGAUCUGUACGCAAAUCAGCUGACCAGCCUAGACAUAAAGGCCCUUCGAUUGCAGCCCGUGCCGGAAGAUAAACAGAUUCCGGAGUUUUACAUCGGUGGGAACCCGUUCGUGUGUGAUUGUAACAUUGACUGGUUGCAGAAAAUCAAUCACGUGACGUCACGCCAAUACCCUACGAUCAACGACAUCGAAACCGUGUACUGUAAGCUGAUGUACAAUAGGGAGCGCUCGUACAUUCCACUGAUCGAAGCAGAACCGAAGCAUUUCCUGUGCAGCUACAACACCCAUUGCUUUGCCCUGUGCCAUUGCUGUGAGUUUGACGCGUGCGACUGCGAGAUGACGUGCCCGAACAACUGCGCCUGCUAUCACGAUAACAGCUGGUCAACGAACAUUGUCGAGUGCUCGGCUGCCGGUUAUACGGACAUUCCGAAUAACAUCCCGAUGGAUACGACCGAGGUGUACAUCGAUGGCAACAAUUUGGUCGAAUUGUCCGGCCAUAGUUUCAUCGGGCGGAAAAAUCUGCGUGUUCUGUAUGCUAAUCAUUCCAACAUCGAAGCCAUUUACAACACGACCUUCAUCGGGUUGCGCCGUCUAACGAUUCUGCAUUUGGAGAAUAACGCCAUCCGCAAGCUGUACGGGCACGAGUUUUCCGCACUGGAAAGCCUUCGUGAGCUUUACCUGCAAGGGAACCGUAUUGCCUACAUCGAGGAUCACACGUUUGCCGAGUUGCGUAAGCUGGAAGUGCUUCGGCUAGAUGGCAAUCGUAUCACCAGCUUCGAAGUGUGGCAACUGUCGGCCAAUCCGUAUCUGGUAGAGAUCGCACUGGCCAACAAUCUGUGGACGUGUGAUUGUGGCUUCGUGAACAAGCUGCGUAACUACUUGCAGUCGAACGCGGAUAAGAUAGUGGAUGCGAAUGAAAUCUCGUGCAGUUACAACAACGCGACCAGCAUUCUGCGUGACAAUGGCACCAAAUGCACGUUCCGCGAGGGAAUGUCUUCGAUUGUGCAUCGGCAGGAGAUAGAAGAUAUGUUGCCGCUCCUGCUGGUGGCCACGUGUGCGUUCGUUGGUUUUUUCGGGUUGAUCUUCGGUAUCUUCUGCUAUCGCAAGGAGCUGAAAGUGUGGGUCCAUUCGGGCCUGUGCUACAAGUCGGGAACGUUUGUGAACGAGUACGAUAAGGAUCGGCUGUAUGACGCGUACAUCACGUACUCGCUUCAAGACGAACACUUUGUGAGUCAAAUUUUGACCUCCACGCUCGAGAACGACAUCGGUUUCCGGCUGUGUUUGCACUAUCGGGAUCUGAACGCCAACGCUUAUCUCGCGGACACGAUCGUCGAAGCGGUGGAAAGCUCGAAACGAGCGAUCCUCGUGCUGUCCAAGAGCUUCCUGUACAACGAAUGGACGCGGUUCGAGUUCAAGGGUGCCAUCCACGAGGUGCUGAAGCGUCGCCGGAAGCUCAUCAUCAUCCUGUACGGUGAUCUCCCGCAGCGCGAUCUCGACGCCGACAUGCGGCUGUACCUGCGCACCAACACAUGUAUCGAGUGGGACGACAAGAAGUUCUGGCAGAAGCUGCGCAUUGCGCUGCCGCACGUGAAGAAGAGCAACUGUCUCAACAAACGGUCCGCGAUCAACAUCUACGCCACCGCCGGCAACGACUACAACACGCCGGGUCGUCCAUCGACGCUGGGCCCGGCAGUGGCCAGCACGCGCCUGGAUGGGCCCCAGCACCACAGUUACGCCACGAUCGGUCCUAACUGUCCCAGAAACUGUGAUAAUUACGAUACGGUUAGCAAUUGUAAAUACAACACCACCCAGCACCAGACCCACCACGAGCGGCGGAUGAAUGCAGACUUCGGACGGAAGGCCACCGAAGGCCGCCAGCACGAGUACGCAGUGCCGUCCAACUGUCUGCUGGACACGACGCACGAAACGUACAACACAACGGCAAGCUGCGAGCGCAUUGCCGGCGAAACCUUCGAGUGCACCUCCACGAGCUCGAAGUUCUCUACAUCCUCGCGAGGAUCGGGCAGCGACUCGGGCAGUCACUCGAUCUCCUCCGCACACCACGACUUCCAGGGGCAGAACCGGUCACCGAACGGCUGUCCGCCGAAUCUGUUGUCCACUACCAACUUUUCCUACAACCACCAUCCGCACCAUCACCAUAACGGAAGCAGUCGGAGUAAGCCUGCGACCGGGCCGGACAGCGUCGGCGGCGGAAAAGGUCCUGGCGACAAGAGCGUUCCGGGCACACUCUCCGGGACGGACAGCAGAGGUGGCAACAAUUUUAAUGAUAGAAGACUGCCACAGGCUAUGUGGGCAUAACGAUUACUUAAGAGCAGCAGGUUAGUUAAUUAUUUUUAUCGUUAGAUGUAAGGACGAUCCCAGCCGGAUGGAUCGCGAUUUCGGUCAAACGAGCGCGUGUUGAUCGAGUGUGAGUGAGAAUGUCUGUGAGAUGGAAGAAGAAGAGAAAGCAAGAGAGAGAGAGAGAGAGAGAGAACGGGCGAAAAGACUGCCAGUGUUCGCGGCGACGUUGUUAGAAGGACAAAUCAACCGACUUGUCUCUUUAGGUUGUUAGAUUUUACUUUCGAACGAAUCAUUUCUUCUUCGUUCCCUCUCUUGUUCCCAAGCCUCUGGAAUCUUCCGGGCUGGGAUAACGCACGCACGAAACAUAGUUACUAAUUAGCGAUUAUAGGCCCUCCCGCAGAUAAUAUUCCACUGUAGAUGAUACUCCUUAAAGUAAUGAACCAGGGAUUAAAAAACCAAAAUUCCCAACGCGGGAAACACGUUUCUGUAGCAACCCGCAGCGGACGCGAGAACGAGAUGGAGAGGAGAUUGGGCCACACGUUUGAGGGAGAUGGGGAAAAGAAACCAAAAGAAAGGAUGCCUGCGAGACGCUCACACGCAACUCCUGCAAUUUCGAACGUCGUUGUGUGCGCUUGUUGAGUCCACGCAGUGCCUUCGAGGAGAUCGGAAACCAAGCGCAAAGGGAAACCUAACGAAGGAACGCAUAAAUGCAAUGAAACGAGCGAGUGGGGUUGUUGAGAGAAAUAAAACCCAGUGAAAUAUGGCGGUUUUCCCAAAAGCGACAGGAGGUGACAGGACGGAUGAACGGACCAGGAAUAUUGUCAUAAAAGGAAGAGGCAUAGCAGGACAAGGCAGAAGUAUUCUAGUCAAAGCAGGCAUGAGCUGGGUUCUAAUCGCUUAGAAAAUCAAUCGUUUCUUGUAGAUGAGGCUGCGCAGGGGUUGAGAAUCGUGGCCUAGAACCGGGGCAGCCAGCAAACGGGCACAGCAGCAGGGUCAGCAGCAGCAGAGGGCAUUCUAGGGUCCCUAGAUAGACGAGUUCUAAUCUAAUUUUUCACGCUUCACCAGCAUCGAAAUGGAAGGCUUCGUAAAGAGUUUAGCGGUCGAGAAGACGAAGAAGAAGGCAGAGAAGGACAAGAAGAAGCACCAGGCACAAGGAUUUCAAAAUACCCCCCAUGAAACGGAAAAUUUAAUGUAAAAUUAUUCUCCGCUUCGGUGCUGCGUGACACGCAGGAAACGCGACGCACAUUCAGAUUAAUUACUUCACUGCAAGACAAUGUUCUACAUUGCACGUGUUUUGAGCAUCGGACGAAGCAGUGGGAGAAGCUGAGUAAGCGGUUUUGGGGGUUCUACAGACGCUCACGAUCAUCCUAUCCGUUCCGACCGACUUCAAUCGAUCGAGCUAAAUGGAAUGUUAAUCCUUGUAUUUAAUUUGCUUUUUCCUUGGGCAACAAAUUGAUUAUGCCCGUGUUUAUUGGGGAGUUUGGCAGGGGGAACGCCGUGAAAACAGAGACAAAGCGAGAUUUUCCAGGUUUCCGAGAUUUUGGUGGACUUUCGUGUGCGUGUGUGUGAAUGAGUGAACGAGUGAAUGAAUCACCGCAUCAGCGCAUACGAUGCCGUUUGUUGUGUUUAUGUUUUUCUUUUCUUUCGAUACCUCACACGCGGAAUGAAUGAAUGGGUGGCAAGUGUGCGUUGAACAGUGGUCCGUUGCAACAGCAAAGAGACAAAGCGUUUGUACAUACGAAGAAGCCAGACGAUUAAGAGUGUAGCAUACUAGAAGGGCGAGGAAAAUAAGCAAAGGAAAACCAACGAUCGAACGAACCAGGCUUUGAGGGGCAGAAAUUGAAUAUUUAACAAGCAAUGUACAUAUUUUCGAGGACGCAUCAGACGCAUCCUUCCUUCUUCUUUAGGCAGCAUAAGGUAAGAGAAGAAACAUUUGCAUCUGACGGAAACUUUUUUGGAGACGUAAUGCAGACGCAAACAGUUGCAAGUACUAAACAAACACACACACACACACACAAAUAACAUUUACUAAGUCAGCUCGGAGUGGUAGGAAUAUUCAGAAAUUGAUAGACAAAAUUAUCAUUAAUACUCGCUGAAACAAGUUAUCUCCAACACACAACCAGCUUAAAUAGACGAACCCGAUCGGAUGUACAUAGGAAAGCGAACACACAGCCACACGAAUGCAAACGCAGUCCAUUAUCUCCCAAUGGCACAGGAAUGUACCUAAAGGCGUCAAUCCUUUAUUCACUAGAACCAACAACAAGUAAAAAACGCAUUGUAAUUACACUUCGAUUCUUCUAGAAAGCACUGGUGUGAUGAGGCUGCACUGGGCCUAGAAUUACCAAACCACAACGUUUUCUUUUUCUCCUAAACCGAGACAACACAGAAACUAUACAGAAAGUGAAAUAGAAAGCUAAAACAUUCCGAAAACCAGCGACAUACACACGCGAAGACGGAUAUUUUAUUUACCCAAAGCAUACAAACACCAUCACUCCGAAGCAAAAGUGCAUGCCAUUUACAGCUGGAAGUAAGAAGGAGAUCGAAUGCACCGCCAUCAUUACCAUUGGACAUAGGACACAAGCAAGGGAAAAACUCCGAGAAGAGACAGAGCGAGAGAAUUAUUAAAAGUAAACUUAAACAACGCAUAGUUUCACAACAAAAGUAAGGAAAUAAAAACAAAACUAUAAUUUAUUUAUGAAAAUUGAAA